AUGAAUGAGAACAAGAAAACCAACCAACUGAGACCAACAUUGAAUAGCACAAAAAGUAAUUAUGAUAAAGUGUUUAGUUAUGGUGAUGCUAAUAAUGAAGAUGAUCAACUGGAAUGUAUGUCAGCUAAUACCUCUAGUCAGUCAUCCUUUAAAGAUAGUUUUAAGGAGAUCCUAAGGUUUACAAAAAACGUGGUUACAUCCUCAUCUUCUGUUAUUAUUACACCACCAUUACUUAGUCCAACAGAUUCUCCCUCAAAACAAAAAAAUGUAUUGAAUAAAACUGAUUUGUCUGCACCACUAUUUUUUCCUCAUGGUUGUGAAGAAAGGCAUAUUUCCACUACUAAUUAUAUUAAAGAAACCAUUAUUGAUUCUAAAAACCCAUUGCUUCAGGAUACGGAUUUUAAUAAUAAUAAUAAUAAUAAUAAUAAUAUCGCUCAGUUCCAAAAUAGUGAUCUUAAUACAAAUAAAAAAAUUAAAGGUUAUUUAGAACACAUGAAAUCAAAAGGCGUAACAUUCAUCAAGGUGACACGAAAAAAAAGAACUUCUUACAACUUUAUGUUAAUUAAAGGAAAAAUUAUUCGUUGGAAAGACAAAUAUCUCGAUAUCGAUGGGAUAAAAGAUAUAAGGAUUGGUGAUGACGCAAACAAUUAUAAAAACCAAUUUAAUAUUAAUGAAAGGUAUUGGAUUACAAUAAUAUACCAAGUACCCAAAAAUAAAUUAAAGGGUUUGCAUGUAUAUACUAAUUCUGUUGAAAACUUCACCAUAUUUUAUGACUCCUUAUGUUACAUUGUAAAAACAAGGCACGAAUUAAUGAAACAAUUAUCGAUUCCUGACAAUGAGGAAUUUGCCAUUGCACACUGGGGAUGUAGAAAGACUAAUGAUGGUUUGAUAACAUUUGACGAUCUAGUAUCCAUGUGUUUAAAAUACAACCUUUUCUGCUCUUCAUCUUUUUUGCGUAAGAUUUUUAUUCAGGUUGAUACUACUGAAGAAGGAUGUUUAAAUUAUGAAGGCUUCAAGCAAUUUGUUAAAAUAUUGAAGACAAGGAGAGAAAUGAAGGAUUUGUUUCAUAAACUCGUAAAUAAACCAUAUAUGGAUUUUGAAGAGUUCAUUAACUUUGUUGUAAACGUUCAAAAGGAAACUUGGCCCAAUACAUCUCAAGACAAACUACGGGGCCAGUUUGAAAAAUAUUCAAAAAAAAUGCUGGGAGUAUUGACGGAAAAGGAAUUACUAAAAUAUUUGCUUGACCAGCCACCCUUACAUCCUUCCAAGGACAACUAUAACUAUCCGCUAAACAAUUAUUUUAUAUCAUCAUCACAUAACACGUAUCUAAGAGGUAACCAGUUUGGUGCAACUUGUACCAUCGAGGGAUAUAUAGAAGUGUUACAAAGAGGUUGCAGGUGUGUUGAGGUUGAUGUUUGGGACGGGAGUGAUAAUAUGCCUGUUGUUUGCCAUGGAAUAUUGACAGAUUCUUUAUCGUUAAGAAGUGUCUUGGAAGUUAUAAGAAAAUAUGCAUUUAUCACAACGCCUUAUCCAUUAAUUGUUUCAUUUGAGACCCAUUGUAAGGAUACUUGUCAACUAGUUAUGGCCGAAUUAAUUACUGAAUUGCUAGGCGACUGCUUGUAUGUUGACAAGGACAAAAAAAGCACUAUGAACAUUCUACCUUCACCGAAUCAAUUAAAAAAUAAAAUAUUAAUUAAAGUUACCAAAACGCUUGAAACCAAUAGUAGUAGUAGUAAUAGUAGUACUAAUAAUAAUAAUAAUAAUAAUAAUAAUAAUAAUAGAACAUAUAAUACAGAUGCUGCUCUUAACAGCGGUAUAUCUGGUAUGUCUUCCGCGUCAGGGUCAAUGUAUGACUCCGAAUACGACUUGUCGCCUGAAGUCAGUUACAGUUGCAGUAACGCUACAAACGCCAGUACCAAAGUAAAUAAUCCACUCAGAAUCAAGAAGAAAAGAAUACCACUUAUCCAAGAGUUGUUAGAUUUGGCAGCAAUAAAUGGACUAAGGUUUAGAAAUUUUUCAUUACAAGAGUCCAAAACCACCAAACAUUCAUUUUCUUUGAGCGAAAAAAAAUACAAAUCGUUGAUUAAAGAUUCAUCACAAAAAUUGGCUAUUGAUAAACACAAUAGGAGAUAUUUAAUGAGAACUUACCCACAUGCGUUUAGAUGUAGAUCUACCAAUUUUAAUCCUAUAUUGUUUUGGAGAUUGGGAGUACAAAUGGUUGCUACGAAUUGGCAGACUAAUGAUUUGGGACAAUGGCUAAAUAUAGCAAUGUUUCAAGCGCCGAUGGGUGAAAAAUCUUAUUGGAAUUCUGGAUAUGUUUUAAAGCCUAGAUAUUUACUGAAAAAUGUCAAAGCUAAAGAAUUGAAUAAUUUUUAUAGGGAUUGGAAUUUUAAAAUAUUGGAGUUGAAUUUAGAUGUUCUAAGUGCGCAGCUUUUACCAAUCCCAGAAUCGAUUAAAGAAAUUGGAGAAAUUUUGAAUUUGGCGGUCCAUGUGGAAGUAUUCACUGCACCUCCUGUUGAUACAUGUGCUGUCAAAUCGAUAUCCAGUUUACAGGUAGAAAAUGGGUUUGUUCUAGGUGAAAUGAGUGGUAAAACAAAAUAUAUUAAAGAUAAUGGAUUCAACCCUGUUUGGAAUUCCAAAUUUUGUAUGAAAUUUUACAAUACCGAAUUAAAUUUUAUUAGGUUUUUAAUAAAGUCCAAUGAUAAUGUUAUAGUCGCUACCUGUUGCAUGAAAAUCACGGACAUGAAAAAGGGUUAUAGACACAUUCCAUUAUUUAAUAAUGAAACUGGAGAAAGAUUUAUUUUUUCCACAUUAUUUAUUAAGAUAGAUUAUUAA